AUUUCUGGAAAGUGGGUCCACAGUUUUCAGAAGAUUCUUCAGUAAAUACAAAAAAGAGAUAAAGGGAAGAAAAAGAAAAGGAAGAAGAAAGAAGGAAAGAAAGAAAAGAGAACCUCAACAACGGCUAAGAAGCAAUGAAGUUAAUCGUUCUUAAUAUUUCAAUUUAGUAAAAUUUUAGGCAACUUUCAAAAAAUAUAUGAUAAAAUAUCUGUGAUGAGGCAAUGGAUGAUAUUAUUUGAGAGUUAAGAAUUAAGAUAAAUUUUGAUCUACAGAUUGGUAUAAGCCAGUUGUUGCAAUCCAUUUAUUUUGUUCCUUAGCCCUGUCGUGUUUAUUUAGAGAUAUGGUAGGUGGGAAUGAGUCCUCAAUAACUGAUUUCAUCCUUGUGGGACUUUUUCCUGAGUUUCAGCAUUCCAUUAUCCUCAACUCCAUGAUCAUCUUCAUCUACAUCCUUGCCUUCCUGGGGAACAUGCUUCUGAUUGUCUUGAUUUCGGGGGACUCUCAGCUUCAUACACCCAUGUAUAUUCUCCUCAGUCAACUCUCUGUCAUUGACUUGACGUUAACUUCCACCAUUGUCCCGAAGAUGGCCUAUAACUUUUUCACGGGGGAAAAGACCAUAUCACGGAUUGGCUGUGGGACCCAGAGUUUCUUUUAUCUGUUGAUGGGAAUGUCAGAAUGCCUCAUCUUGACCCUCAUGGCUUAUGAUCGCUAUGUAGCUGUCUGCAACCCAUUGCAUUAUCCCACCAUCAUGGGCCCCACUUUCUGUCUGCAUAUGGUUGCUACAUGUUGGAUUGGAGGCUCUAUAAGUUCAUUUAUACAUACAGUCUACCCUAUGCAUUUCCCCAUCUGUGGAUCAAGGGAGAUCCACCACUUCUUCUGUGAGGUACCAGUCCUCAUUAAACUCUCCUGUGAAGACACUUCAGUCUAUCAGUUAGUGGUGGUGGUGACAAGCAUUGUGCUGCUUGUUGUGCCUUUCAUUCUCAUCAUAGCUUCCUAUACUCUCAUCUUUCUCACUGUCCUCCGUAUGAACUCUAUCAAGGGCAGGAAAAAAGUCCUGGCCACAUGCUCUUCCCAUUUAACUGUGGUGAGUCUCUUCUUUGGCCCAAACAUAUUCAUCUACAUGACUUUCACGUCAUCUCAUAGUCCAGAACAGGACCAGGCUCUCUCUGUUUUCAGCAACAUCCUCACCCCCAUGCUGAACCCCCUCAUCUACAGCCUGAGGAACAAGGAAGUGGUGGCAGCUCUCAUCAAGCUGGUGGGGAGACGUGUGGUCCUUUAGUAGACGAGUAAAAUAUCCCAGCUGUGAAAAAUGACAUGCUUGUGACCAUAGGCAAGGGUCAUGUUUUGAAGAAUAAGCAUGUGUUGUGUGGUUUCAGGAAGCCAAGGUGAUAGUGGCUCUAUGUAAAUGGAACUUUU